UUUAUCAACAUUUCCGCAAUAAGAAAAAAGAAAAAAAGAAAAAAGAAAUAAUUGAUUGUUUCUACCCAAAAGCCAGAAAUGUUAAAAAAAAUGAAAAAGGCACAAUCUUUUCCAUGUCUACCUGGAGUUUUUUGCUUCAUCUCCUCCUCCUCUCGAUAACCGCACUAUCAAGUGAUGAUAUAACAUGUACGUAUUUGCGUGUAUAUUAAUUUUAUGUAAAUAUUCUCAGAGUUGAAUUUCCCCAAUUUGUUAGGGUUUGGUGGAUGGAGGGCAGUAGUUGUUGAUUCUCAAAUUUGGGUUUUGGGAGGGGGAUAUGGAGGGGUUGGGAAAGUAGAUUUUGUUUGGGUCAGCCAUGUAUAAUUGAAUUCUCAACCCCGAUAUCCGAAUCCCCAAUUGGAAUUCUGGGCAUUUCGAAUUGGACAUAUGGAGGGAGGUAGGAGGAUAUCGGCGAGUCCUCGGCCUUGCUCCGGUCGCCGGAUUGUGGCCAGGAAGAGUCCUCGCGUGGAUGGAGUGGUGAACAGCGUGAAGAAGCUUCAAUGGCGUGAGAUUUGUUCCAAGCCUGAUCGUGCUUUCAGUAUGAGCAAUGCCCAGGAAAGGUUUCGGAAUAUGCGCCUCAUGGAAGAAUAUGAUACUCAUGAUCCGAAGGGGCAUUAUUUCCCCGUCUUACCUUUUUUGAUGAAGAGAACAAAAGUCAUUGAGAUAGUUGCUGCACGUGACAUUGUCUUUGCUCUUGCACAUUCCGGUGUAUGUGCAGCUUUUAGUAGAGAGACGAAUGAAAGAAUAUGUUUUCUGAAUGUUAGUCCGGAUGAAGUCAUUCGGAGCUUGUUUUAUAAUAAGAAUAAUGAUUCACUCAUUACUGUUUCGGUCUAUGCAUCGGACAAUUUCAGCUCUCUAAAAUGCAGAUCCACAAGAAUCGAGUACAUAAGAAGAGGCAAACCCGAUGCUGGUUUUUCACUUUUUGAGUCUGAGUCUCUAAAGUGGCCUGGUUUUGUAGAGUUUGAUGAUGUUAAUGGGAAGGUCCUAACUUACUCUGCCCAAGAUAGUGUAUACAAGGUGUUUGACCUUAAAAACUACACUAUGCUUUACUCUAUUUCAGAUAAACAUGUACAGGAAAUUAAGAUCAGUCCAGGUAUCAUGUUAUUGAUAUUCAAUAGAGCAACCAGUCAUGUUCCUCUUAAGAUUCUAUCAAUAGAAGAUGGCACAGUUCUUAAAGCCUUUAACCAUCUGCUUCAUCGAAAUAAGAAGGUGGACUUUAUAGAACAGUUCAAUGAAAAGCUUCUGGUCAAGCAAGAAAAUGAGAAUCUUCAGAUUCUUGAUGUUCGGAAUGCUGAUCUUAUGGAAGUUAGUAAAACUGAGUUCAUGACUCCUUCGGCGUUCAUCUUUCUGUAUGAGAACCAGUUAUUCCUAACAUUUAGAAAUCGAACUGUAGCUGUCUGGAAUUUCCGAGGGGAACUUGUUACUUCAUUUGAGGACCAUCUGUUGUGGCAUCCUGAUUGCAAUACAAAUAACAUCUACAUAACAAGUGAUCAGGAUCUUAUUAUAUCAUACUGCAAGGCUGAUUCAGACGAUCAUUGGAUGGAAGGAAAUGCUGGGUCUAUUAAUAUCAGCAAUAUUUUGACUGGAAAGUCCCUUGCUAAAAUAAAUGCCAGUAAUGGUAGUCCCAAGAUUGAUAAAUGUGACAGCAGUACUGGCUGUUCAAAGUGGAUUCACUCCUCCCAGGUAAGAAGCACAGUAGCUGAGGCUUUGGAAGAUAUAACUGCGCUAUUCUAUGAUGAAGAGCGCAAUGAAAUAUAUACUGGUAAUAGGCAUGGUCUCGUUCAUGUGUGGUCUAACUAAAGUGGAGCUAUGGGGGAAGGCAGGCAGGAAGAGGUAACAAAGCACAAGGGAGAGAAGUUCAAAUUGUUGAUUGUUUAGUUCCUGGGAUGUGAGAUAUCUGCUAUAGUUUCCAUGUGGCCAUGCUGCAGACAAUAUCAAGUUAAGCAUUGUAUCAGUAAACAAAUUUAUGUUGUUAUAUAGCCUUUUGUAGAUGUGUAUUGUAGGGCACAUGGGCGCCUGAUUGAGAUGCCAGCUAGGUCAGUAGAUGUUUUGGACUGAUAACCAUCAAAGAGUCGAGUGUAGUUUGUGCUUUAUUUCUGCAGAUUGUGGUGAAGGUUUUUGUACAUUUAGUGUCUGUACGUAGCACGGGAAUAUUGCUGUACAAGUAAAAUGGAAGACACUAUAGAUGCUCUACUAAAUUCUCAAUGGUAUUAGCAUCAAAGAAUUUGAGGCACAGACAAUGUAUUUUGGGGUUUAUCGGUACAUUGCUGUGUGGAUUUUGCUUGCAAAUAUAAGAACGUAUGUCUUAUUCUUUUAAGUGUA